GAGGCGGGCGCCAGAGAGAGGCUCGUCGUUUGUUCUCUGCCUGAAAAGGAGAACCUGAGAAGGAGGGCGACCAGGAGACGGCUGGCGAGAGAAGGAAGAGGAGGUCCGAGUGUAAUCCGAGACGGCGGGCGCGGCCCGGUGAGAAGGGUUUGGUUUACUCGCGGAACCUGCUGGGCAGCUCGAGAAAGGAGAAGCGGCAGGAAGGGCGCAUCAGGAGUCCCCGAAGAGGAGAAACGCUCGACCAAGCGGGCGGCGCCGAGAAAAACUCACGCCACUCUUUACCUGGUGAUGGCUUUUCACCGCAGGGUCGUAUUGCCCCUGGUGGCGCUCCUUGCUUUCAUCGCCACCGUGUACGGCGAUUGCACAUGUGAAAAGAACAAGCGAGUAACAAACUGUGCAUUAAAUAAUAAUCAGGAAUGCAAAUGCGUUUCUUUGGGGUCUGAUGUUACAGUGUCCUGUGGAACGUUGACCUCAAAAUGCUUACUGAUGAAGGCAGAAGUUACUGGCUUAAGGGGUAGAAAGCGACCAAGUCAGGCUUUUGUAGACAACGACGGCAUUUAUAAUCCAGAGUGUGACCAUAAUGGCAACUUCAAAGCUAAACAGUGUAAUGGGACAAGCACUUGCUGGUGUGUUAACUCUGCUGGAGUACGAAGAACUGAAAAGGGUGAUGCAAACAUCACAUGCGAUGAAGUAGUACGGACAAGCUGGAUUAUUAUUGAAACGAAACCUGUAAAUACUGCUUUGGAUGCACAGUCUGUUGAGAGGGCCUUUACAGAAGCACUUGUUCAACGCUACCUCUUGAAAGAAAAACACAUAAAUGUUGCGUAUGAUAACAGUUAUAUCACUGUUGACCUGAAACAAAAUGCUUCAGAGAAAUCUGCAAGUGAUGUGGAUAUAGCUGAUGUAGCAUACUACUUUGAAAAAGAUGUCAAAGGGGACUCCAUACCCAUUCAGUCACUCUGGAACAUUACAGUCCGAGGAGAACCUCUGCAGCUUCAAGACACUCUGAUCUACUAUGUUGAUGAAAAGCCACCAGAGUUCUCAAUGAAACGCUUGACUGCUGGAGUAAUUGCUGUCAUUGUCGUUGUCGCAUUGGCAAUAGUUGCUGGCAUUCUUGUACUGGUUUUUACUAGAAGAAAGACGGGGAAAUAUGAGAAAGCUGAGGUAAAGGAAAUGAAUGAAAUGCACCGAGAACUAAAAUCCUAACUGCUGUAAUAAGGAUCACAAGAUAAACAUAAUAUGAAAACUGAAGAUUAACUAUAUGGACUCUUCAUUUGUACACAGUGAAUAUCUGUAGCUUUAGUAAAGAUGUAGGAUUUCUACAGGCACGUUGCGUUUUCAGGGAUAAGACAUAGCAUGUUCAGAUGAGUCCUCCUUUGUCACAGUUAUUGUAACAUUUUAAUGAUGCCUUACUGUUAAGUGUAUACUAAACAAGAAGUAUGUUUUGAAAGUUCUAGAGGAUGUUUGGCCCACUUUGGCUGCCAGACUUGUCUCUUGCAUACAGUGAAGUGUAUUGUGCUUUUUAAAAUGUCUGUAAAUAUUUUUGCUGGAAUUUUUUUACAAGUGAUGAACUUAAUAAAUUCUGGAACCAAUUUGUUGCUGGUUCCUUGAUAUUCGUAGAACAACCACCAUAUGAAACUAGUGUCCUUUA